AUGGAUAAUCGAUCUGGAGGCGACUCUGGCUCUCGUUCGGAGAGCGGAGCCAAUGCUGGGUCAUCUACUCCUGCGACACCGAGGUCAUCCACAAAUCAAUACAAAGUCCAACAACCGAAACCCCAAGCCCUUCCAAACCGACCCGGUCCCUCGGCGAUCCUCGUGUCCACGCGACAGAAGGGCAAUCCAAUCUUAAAUCAUAUCAAACUCCUUCCUUGGGAGUACGCCGAUAUUCCUGCCGACUAUGUUAUCGGCACAACGACAUGUGCUCUCUUCCUUUCCCUGAAAUAUCAUCGUCUACAUCCCGAAUACAUCUAUUCCCGAGUCCGACUCCUGGCGGGCAAAUACAACCUGCGCGUCGUGCUGGUCAUGGUCGACAUUCCUAAUCAUGAAGACGCCCUAAAAGAGCUAUCAAAGACAUCCAUAAUCAACAAUCUUACUUUAUUCCUUUGCUGGUCCGCCCCGGAAGCCGCACACUACCUCGAACUCUUCAAGUCAUCGGAAUAUGCACAGCCCACGGCGAUUCGCGCCCAACAAGCCCAAUCAUACAAGGAGUCACUGGUAGAAUUCGUUACAACACCAAGGACCAUCAACAAGUCAGAUGCGGCAAGUCUGAUCUCCACAUUUGGAAGCUUGCAAAAUGCCGUGAACGCGCCGCCAGAGGUGCUCAGCGCCGUACCUGGGUGGGGUGAGAAAAAGGUUCAACAAUGGUGCAACGCCGUCAGGGAGGAUUUCAGGGUUGAGGCAACCAAGAAAGCCACGACAACUGCAUCCAAAAGUCAGAGCGGGACGCCGGUGUCUCGCAGGCCGCAAGAUGCAGACAUGGACGAGGAUGAAGAGGUACUACGUGCCGUGUUGGAAGAGAGCCGUAGAACAGCUCCUGCCUCCGCCCUUGAAUACUCCACGAAUGAGCCACAGCUGCAAGAAGAGAUGAGUGAGGGUGUCAUGGCUGCCUUGGCGAAGUUGAGAGAUACAGGCGGGUAA